AAAAAAUGGAGCCCAAGUCAAGCUUGACUCCAACUCUGUGUCGCAAUGGCUGCCGAUCCUACGGUUCACCAGAUACAGAUGGUCUCUGUUCUCUAUGUUUCAAAGAAACCAUGAAAGAUAACCAGCAACCGACAGUUAAUACUGAUUCACAAAAAAUAUAUGAGAAUUCCGAUCAGCUGCCAAGUAUGCCCAGUAAUCCUGUUUCCAUGAAUACGUCUAUCGAAUCUACUAUUUCUACGGUUUCGCACUCUGCCACAGAAUUAUUAAAUUUAGAAGAAAUCAACAGUGAAAUAAAAGUUAGUGAUAUAGUUAUUAAUAGUGACGUAACAGAUUGUUCAGCCCGAAAAGUUGACACAGAUGAUUGGGUUAAUGAAAACAGAGCCCGUAAAAAAUCUAAAAAGCCUAAAAACCGUUGCGCUGAAUGCCACAAAAACACCGGCUUAGUGGGAUUUGACUGUCGCUGUGGAGGACUUUUCUGCUCCAAGCAUCGAUAUAGCGACAUGCAUGAUUGCAAAUUUGAUUACAAAGAAAUGGGCGCUCAAGAAAUACGGUCUCAAAAUCCAGUUGUAAUCGGCGAAAAAAUCAGGAAAAUUUAAACUAUUUAAGCACAUGUUAGCCGUCAAGUUGAAAAUGAAGGAGAGACCCGCAAAACUUUAGUCUAGUAUGAUAAGUUUACACUUUCAAGAUAUCAAAAAAUACUUGUACAAAUUGGUAGCAGUCAACAAAUAUAUAAGAAAUUCCUAGUUAGCACGAGUCAUAAGAUCGUGUUAAUUACGUUCCUACCCUUUGUACAGACAAACAUUGAAUGAUUUAGUGAGAUCUUCGGACUGAUGCGCAACAAUUUUUUUGCAUUGCUGAUGUUGUUGAAAAAAUGACCAAACUUGAUUAUUUAGAGGAAGCAAAAGUUGUAACAAUGUUGAUAAUUUGAAAUAAGAUGCGAAACAUGAAAAUUUUAAAUGAACCAUUUCCAUAAACGAUGCAUGAGAAAUUCCUAGUUAGCAUGAGUAUUAAGAUAGUGUUGAUUACGUUCCUAUUCUUUGUACAGACAAACAUUGAAUGAUUUAGUGAGAUCUUCGGACUGAUGCGCAACAAUUUUUUUGCAUUGCUGAUGUUGUUGAAAAAAUGACCAAACUUGAUUAUUUAGAGGAAGCAAAAGUUGUAACAAUGUUGAUAAUUUGAAAUAAGAUGCGAAACAUGAAAAUUUUAAAUGAACCAUUUCCAUAAACGAUACAUGAGAAAUUCCUAGUUAGCAUGAGUAUUAAGAUAGUGUUGAUUACGUUCCUAUUCUUUGUACAGACAAACAUUGAAUGAUUUAGUGAGAUCUUCGGACUGAUGCGCAACAAUUUUUUUGCAUUGCUGAUGUUGUUGAAAAAAUGA